GCGGCGGGCGGUUGCCCAGGGAGACAGACGCACAAUAGCUCGCGCGCUCUCCAGCCUAGACCGGCCGCAGCACCGGCCACUGCGCUAGCGGCCACCCCGCUUCCCGCCAGCCAUGGCCAACUUGCACUCGCGUCGCAGCUUCAGAAAGCCCGAGACGGAAGAGGACUGGCAGGAGGAAGAGGAGGUGUUGGCAGAGAUGGAGGAGGUGGUGGAGGAGGAAGAGGAGAUGGAGAAGGAGGAGGAGGAGGCCGUAGACCCAGAGAAGAAGAAGGUGGAGGUCCACGGGACAUUCAGCGAUGAGUACUUCUGGAAGGCUUUGGAGCUCGGUGUCAGCAAUGGCGAAAAUUCAGAGCCCUACCUUCCCCGCUUUACCAGCAUCCUGAGCCCCAGCCUGAGCCCGACCCCGCCGCUCAGCCAGAUGCUGAGACCGUCGCAGAGCGAGACCCAGAGCUGGAGCUCGCAGUGGAGCACCUCCACUCCCCAGAAAAGUUUUCCUAAAAUAUUCCAGACAUUUAGGAAAGACUUUUCUGAAACGAAUUUAAAUAGGACUAUGUAUCAUACUUUGUAUCCAGGAAUUCCAACAUCAGUACAAACAGAAGAAAGCUGGCUUCAAGAAUUUUCUGGCAAAAGGCGGAGGAGGAAGGAAGCAACCUCUGUAAUCAAAGAAACUGAACCUGAAAAUCUGGCUUCUAAGUUAAGAGAAAAAUGGGUAAUUAAUCCAGAAGAGCAAAGACUGAGUAUUUUAUGUGAGCUGGAGUUUAAAGAAGAUUUCAUCACCCUGUUUGAGCCUUCUCUGAGAACAUUGCCUAGCAUCGGGCCACCAUCCAUUCUGACAUUCAAACCAGAGAGUUCCAAUUUAGGCAUUAACUUCAAGGAAGAAGAGGAGGAAAUAUCACCCCAGUGUGAAUUUUGUGGAGGCGAUCUAAGAACAUUUCUUUCCAAUAUGGAUAUUAUCUCUGAUGACAAUAACUCGGAAUCAAUAGAAGCCUCCUGUUGUAGGUAUUUUCAAAAUCUGAUUGACUACAUCUAUGAGGAAAAAAAAAAAACCCAGGGCCCUACAGCGGAAUUAAUCUGUAUUAACCCUCACGCAGCUCAUGGCAGUGAAGUUGACAGACUCAAAGCAAAGGAAAAAGCCCUACGGAGAAAACAGGAGCGACAAAUGGCCAGACAAUUUGCAAUAAUGACAAAUGAACAGACUAAUUUUUCUGAAGAAGAUUCAAAGCACUUAAAAACAAUUUCUUAUCAACUUUCUGUGGAUAUCCCGGAAAAAGAGCCAGUUGCUGACAGACUACUUGAUUUCCAACUAGAAAACAAAAAAAUUUCCAUUGUUUGCUGUGAUGCUAGAAUAGCAUGUGGAAAGAUCAUGAGGAAAGAGCUCUUGGAGAAGCACUACAAACAUGGGAGCAAGUUUCUGACUUCAUUUCCUGAUGGAACAACACAAAUAUUUUACCCAUCUGGAAACCUAGCCAUCAUCCGAGUGCCCAAUAAAAUAAAUGGUUUUACUUGUAUAGUCCAAGAAGAUAUGCCAACUGACCCUGCGAUCCUGGCAUUGUUAGAUUCUUCUGGGAGAAGUUCAUGCUAUCAUCCCAAUGGAAAUGUCUGGGUAUACAUCAAUAUCUUGGGAGGUCAAUACUCAGAUCAAGCUGGCAACAGAAUAAGGGCUUGGAAUUGGUCCAGUUCUGUCGCUUCCUCGCCCUUUGUUUCAUUUAAACCUGUCUUUCUGGCUUUGAACCAUUACAUUGGAAUUCGCAUCUUAGAACAAGACAAGAUUUCAAUCACUUUUCUAGCAAUGGGCCAACAGGCAAGGAUCAGUGUUGGGACCAAAGUGAAGUUCCCUAACCCCGAGGAGAUUCCAGUUCUCCGGUACCUGAAUGGGGAUGAUCUGCUGCUGCUGGCCAACUUAAUAAAGAUUCAGCGCCUGUUUCAUAAACUUAAAGGAUGUGCGAAUUUUCCCUCCAGCCAGGUUUGGGAAAAAUUAAAGCAACCUUCCUAUCUUUCUUCACUUUCUGUAAAACUAAUUGCCCUUUGUCACAAUUCUGGUAUAAAAAAAGAUACAAUGAACACAAUAUUAGCUAUAAUAAAUGAAAAUACUUAAAUGAUGAUACCUUCUUUUUUUGUUAUUUUGGGAGGGGGUGCGAGAGAUUUCAAGAAAAGUGUAACGACCAGGAAAUACCAAGAAAUAUGGUUUAUUAUAAAUUUAGAACACAUCCUGAGUCAUCAGUAGCUACAUUUGUAGCUGGAAAACUACUCACUUUCAGGACACCAGAAAAUGAGCAUAAUCAUUUCUAAGUGUCCAUUAUCAGAGUUCUAUCAGAAAAACAGAAAGCAGGAUGCCUGGGUGGUU